UCUGAUCGACCUCUCAAAGCCCCUGCAGCCGACACUGGUGGAAUCGAGGAUCGGGAAUCGAACCAACGACUCUCUGGACGUUCCUGAAGACAUACAAGCGUUGCUAGGAUGGUUGCCGUGGCGAGGAUGGCGGUCUGCCUGUCCCUGUUCCUGUUGAUCUGCCAGGUCAGAGGGAUCUACGUCUCCCAGAGGGUGAACGAAACCAUCCAGAACCUGCUGCGACACUAUAAAUUUUCGAAUAGAGAAAUAUUUUCCGGGAAUCCCAUCUUUCCCAGAGACCCACCGCACGGGAAAAGAGAAGUAAAGAUGGUGUUCAUGAGCGGCGUUCUGGAGACCUACGAGAAGCUCUUCGGCCAGAUGUUGAAUCAGCUGCCCACCUCCACCCCCCCGACGGCCGACUCCACCCCCCCCAGCACCGGUACCCGUACCAGGCUGCAGCCGGGUCAAAGCGUCAGGUCCAACCUCAACUACGUGCUGGGGAUGAUCAAGGAAAUAAAGAAAGGCUACUUUCAGGAGGAGGAGAAGCUUCUGGAUGAGCUUCGUGACCUCAGGCAUAUCCAGAUCAACAGCUCCGUGGUUCAGGCCAAGGCAUUGUUUGAGCUGCCGAGGAUGCUGGAACAGGCCGGAACUGUGGCUCAUAACGACUCCAUGAGGCGACGGAGACGGCGUCAAGCCAAGUCCAGGAUGGCUCUGAGAGGCUGAAGGAUAUUUCACCACAAACCAAUACCCAAAUGUGUAAAAAACAGUUCAGAUAUUUAAGUCUUCUUCAGUUCAUAUCUCUAUUUAUUAUGUCUCAGUGAGCCAGCAGCCUAAGCAGAGUGAAGAUUCUAGUUUUGCAAAAAUGUGAUUUUUCUAGUGGAAGUUUGGAGUCUGAUACUUGAAUGCAGUGAAAGGAUUUGAUAAGUAGUACCUGGAAAUACUUGACUUCUUUACUUUUGUAUGUUUUAAAAACUCAGAUCGGUUUGUUAUGAAUCAAAACAUGUUGGAUCUUCAGGUUUAUUUUUACAGUAAAUUAUGUGUAAUUUAGCAUCAACUAACAAAGACGAUGAUGUUUACGGUACAAAGUACCCCAGAGUUUAAUACUGACGUACUUCAAAGUACUACAAGUCCUUCAAGUACUUCCCUGCAGUGCUGCAGUACGAGUACUACACUCUUCAGGGAUGUUUCUACUGAAUACUGUAGUUUCUUUAUAUUUAUUUAAUUUA